CAUCCUAGUGGAAGUAUCUGUGAUGUUGUGACAGUUGCGGCGUCGGCACUGUUUAAUGGCACAGUGGCGUUUCCACCAUGUUGCCACUGAGCAGUUUGCGGCUGAUGUGCAAAGCCCAGGUUUUGCAGCGGUUCAGCGGGCUGGUAACGAAUCGACGCGUGUCCAAAGCGGCUGCUUACGCAACGCAAUACAAGUGUUUCUCCUUUUGGACGGACAGGAGUUACAGCACUGCGAAGUACAGCGUGAGACUAAAGAGGAGAGAAGUCAUUCAUAAGAGUAACGUCGAGCCAUUAAGGACUUACUGUGUUAAAGUUAAACCCGACUGCUGGAACUGCAAGCAACCCAUUGAAAAACUGCCGGCAUUCUUCUGCGUGUCCUGCAAGGUCGUCCAACCCCCGGAUGAGGGGGCAUCAUACUUCCAGAUCCUGGACUGUGACCGUUCAUUCACGCUGGACACUCAGAAGCUGCAGAAAAGAUACCUGCAGCUUCAGCGCUCUCUACACCCAGACAACUUCAGCCAGAAAGCUGUGAAAGAGCAAGAGUAUUCAGAAAGCCAGUCAGCGCUGGUGAACAAAGCGUACCAGACUCUGCUCAAGCCUUUGAGUCGUGGUCUUUAUAUGUUGGAGCUGAAGGGGAUGCAUAUUGAGGAGGGAACAGAUCCCGGGGCCAAUCCUCAGCUUCUAAUGGAGUUGAUGGAGAUCAAUGAGUCGCUGGAUGAAGCACAGACCCUAGACGAAGCCGGCAAGAUCGGCCAAAGCAUGAAAGAGAAACUGACAGAAUUGACGAAAGAAAUAGACACUGCCCUUUACAAAGGAGAACUUCAAGCUGCCAAGGCACUGCUGGUCCAAAUGAAAUACUUUGCAAACAUUGAAGAGAAAGUGAAGGAAAAACUUUCCAUGCUAAUGUAAAUCCCCCCCCCCCCAUUUUUUAACAGCACUUUAAAGAAGAGUUUUCUAGCCACUUUUAACAAAGAUUAUGCAAAAAGCAUUUUACAGUACAUGGUGUUUUACAUUUUCCCUGCGUAUUUGCAUGGUGUUCAGAAUAAAGAAUACUUCAUUACCACUGAGAUGGGUACAAGGGUGAUAUCAAUAAAGCUGAUUACGACAUGACUGGCUACA